GCAUAUGCCUUGGAAGGGCUCCUGGUCAAGGCUACCAAGCCUGACGGGAACAAUGCCGACUUCGAUGUAUUUCUCGCGGCGCAGCGGAAGGCCAAAAUAUCUCGCCGGAACGAGGACUCCCUGGAGAAGACCUCCGCGAGCAUUGCGAGUAGCUUCAUCGGGAUGCCAGUCAAUGUGGACCUCGGGGUGCUCCGCAAAGCAGUGGACAAGAGGCUGACCGCGAAACAGCAGCUGGCAG